AUGAAGCUGAUAAGCAGCCUCGAUGGUUCAAAAACACUUAAUGCCAACAACAUGGAGACAUUAAUUGAAUGUCAGUCAGAGGGCGAUAUCAAGGUGCUUCCACUGCUGACAUCAUGUGAGAGUGAAGACAGCAUUUGCCAGCUAAUUGAAGUUAAGAAAAGAAAGAAAGUGCUGUCCUGGCCGUCUCUCAUAAGAAAGCUCUCUCCUUCAUCCGACUUCUCUGGGUCAUUGGAACCAGAACUGAAAGUGUCGCUGUUUGAUCAACCUUUGUCAAUCAUCUGUGGGGAGAAUGACUCACUACCCAGACCCAUCCAGGACAUCCUCACCAUCCUCUGCCUUAAAGGUCCUUCAACUGAAGGAAUAUUCAGGAAAGCUGCCAGCGAGAAAGCCCGGAAGGAGCUGAAGGAGGAGCUUAAUGGUGGGGGCUCGGUGAAUCUGAACCAGCUCCCUGUGCACCUCCUGGCUGUGGUCUUCAAGGACUUCCUCCGAGGAAUCCCCCUGAAGCUGCUCUCCUGUGACCUCUUUGAGGACUGGAUGGGCGCCCUGGAGAAGCCCAGCGAGGAGGACAGAAUCGAGGCCCUGAAGCAGGUUGCUGACCGCCUCCCCCGGCCCAACCUCCUUCUGCUCAGGCACUUGGUGUACGUGCUCCAUCUCAUCAGCAAGAAUGCGGAGGUCAACAAGAUGGACUCCAGCAACCUAGCCAUCUGCAUCGGACCCAACAUGCUCACCCUGAAGAAUGACCAGAGCCUGUCCUUCCAGGCCCAGAGGGACCUGAACAAUAAGGUUAAGAUCUUGGUGGAAUUCCUCAUUGACAACUGCUUUGAAAUAUUUGGGGAGAACAUUCCGACACAUUCCCGCAUCACUUCUGACGACUCCCUGGAACACACUGACAGUUCAGACGUGUCGACUCUGCAGAAUGAUUCAGCCUAUGACAGCAAUGACCCAGAUGUGGAGUCCACGAGUGGUGUUGCCUCUCCCAGCAGGCAGCUGGAGGGUCCCACUACCACGGUGGCUGGUCUGGAUACCCGGGGCAACCGGGACACCUGUGCAUCAAGCUCAGAAUCCAGUGUUAGCAUGGUAGCCAGGCUGAAAAGCUCCAUUGGCCAGCAAGACAGGCGGUUCUCUGAACCCAACAUGUCACCCUCACGAGAGUGCCUCAUGGGCCCAAUAACCAAGCAAAAGCUAACAAGGAGUGAGGACAGCUUCGCUCUGCCCCAGGAAGCCUCCUCCUGUUCAGAAGGUGAUGAAGCUGAAGAUCCCUUUACAGAGGAAGUCUUCCCAGCAGUUGAAGGCAAACCCAAGAGACAAGUAGAUUUGAAGGUAAAGAAUUUGACCCAAGUUUUAGCAUCUCCACAGGGACCUGUACCCAAAGCUUUCUCCAGCUUCCCCCCAAGCGAAUCUUUGGACAGCUCACCUGUGCCUUCUCCAUCCUGUCCCAAGAGAAAUUUCUUCACCAGACACCAGAGUUUCACAACCAAGACAGACAAGACCAAACCCCAGAGGGAAAUUAGAAAGCACUCCAUGUCGUUUUCCUUUGCGUCUCACAAGAAAGUGCUGCCCCGGACCUCCAGCACUGGGUCUGAGAAAUCCAAAGACUUUUCUAGAGACCAACUCCAGAAGGACUUGAGGAAAGAGAGCCAGCUUGCUGGCAGAAUCAUCCAGGAAAAUGAGUCAGAUAUCCAAAGCCAAACAACUCUGGGCUUCAGCUUGUCUGGAACCUGGGCCCUGUCAGUCGAUAACAUGGUCCAGUUGAUAGAUGUGAGGAAGCCAGGAAGCCCACCGUCUUAUGAAGAGGCCAUUUAUUACCAGACAGCAGGACUCACAGCCUACGGUGGCCAGACAGUUGGGAGUAUGAGGGCAAGAAUGUUCGAGCAGAGAACAGCAGUGCCUCCUGUGCCUUCUUACCAUGGAAAUGACCUCAGUGAAGGGACACCUGGUGGACACAGAUUGUCUUCUGUAACUGAGCACUGGACACAGAGUCAGACUGUCCAUGUCUCUGUAGAAACUCAGGGGAGAUCUGAACUGCACCGAUUGAGGACAAUGUCCGAGUCCAUGCAAAAGGCUAAGCUAGACUGUCUCGGGCCACAACACAGCCACUUGGUCUUUGAGGUCGACCAAUUCUGCUGUGCCAAAGAAUCCUACAUUUAGGAGUGGAAACCUUGUACCAUGGCUAACUUGUGUGUGAAGGUACGACUGCAAGAGAACUACCGGUUGACUCUAUUUCCCAAAAAUGUCAGAGAUAAGCUUAUUCAGAAUGUCGUGUCGAGCUCUCCUCUGUGAGGACAGCUCACACGGUGACGCCAGAUCGUGUCUGUGUGUAACCGGGUUUGUGCAAUAUGUAGUAAAUGUAUAAAAUGUAUUAUAUACAAGGUAUCAGAUGCAAAGGGUGUCUGCAUACAUCCGUUAGUGCAUGCACUUCUAUACUUUCUAUAUGUUGGGGUUUUUUUGUCCUCAGGCGCUUGUUUCUAUUGAUUAGAAAAGGAAUCUUUACUUGUCUUAAUGUUACAGCCAAUGUCAUGCCUGUGUUCACAUUUUCCGUGAGCUGCAUGAAGGCGGAAAUGUCUGAGCCUCUGAUGCGUCUUCUCCUGAGCAGGCUUGUGACAACUAAACAGCAUCGUAGAAGGGGACAGACUGAAAGACACUGUACUUGGUGUGUGAGCUGUCAGCCACACUGGGAGAAGGUCUUUUGAUGAUUAUCUAAUGGAAUGUGGGUGGCGUGGUGGAAACACAUUCUGUCAGUAUUAGCUCAGGCAGAGCGCUUUAAGCCUCUGCAGCUCAGUGAUGUCUUGUGCCGCUGUGUGAAGGUAAGCAAUGCUGUAUGCACUGGGGAAUCUUGUAUAAGACUUCGGUGCAGUUUAUUUAUCAUUCACAAUAAACUGCCCUCCUCCUUUAAACAGUUCAUUACUUGCUGGUGUUAUAUCCUUUGCCUCAAACAAAAAUCCACCAAGGGCAUCAUCCACACACUGGUCCAUUCAACCAGUGUCUGUUCACUAUACAGUCA